ACCGGGAGUUUCCAAAAAUCACAUUCACUAUACUAAGCCGAACAAUGGUUAACAUGAGCUAUCACCAAUCUCAACUAAAAUAUAUACAUACUCCGAACCCAAGACAGUCAAGAAAGCGAAAUAAUAAAAGAAAAAGGACUUGUUGGGACAAAUUAUCACCAACAACCAAUUGCCAGACUUGAUUAUAAGAGACUUUCAAAAGGUCCAGUGUGUACCAGCGUGUGGCUGUGAAAGACUAUCUGUGCGACUGAGUGACAGAGAUGACUACCGAGUGGCUUCACCUGCCCCCUCCGUACCCCCCUGGUGUGGGGCCGUUGUGUGGUGCAGAGUUGGAGGCGUGGUAUGAAGACCUGCAGGAUAUACUGGGAUCAGACACGGGUGGGGCCAAGCUGACUCGCGCCCCUCCCUGCUCAGAGAAAGAGACAGAGUUCCUGGAUGUCCUGGAGAGCUGUUCCCUGACAUGGCUGACGGACGGGGUGGGGGUGGGGGUUGGAGGGCAGGCAUGGGGCGGAGGAGAGGGUGUCCAGAGGGUCACAAUUCCGGAGGAGCCUCCUACCCAUCCGCCCCCCUCCUCCACCGCCUUGUGUCUGAAUCCAGCUGAGGAGAGGACGGAGAGGCCUAGGGACAGAGAGGGAGGGAGAGAUGGAGAGGGAGGUUCGGGAGGAGGGGACCUGUUACCCCCAGAGUUCUUUGAGCUGCUGAGUGAGGGAGGGUUGGGCAUGGUGGACAGUAACUACCAUCAUCAUCAUUCCAACAAUGUCCAACAGCCUGGGUCUCCCUCCACUAGCGAGGAGGAUGAACACCCAUGUGUCCCCGACUCACCCUCCUGCUCCUCCUCCGCCGCCUCUCCUUCCCCCUCUCUCAACUGCUCUCCUCCUUCCUCUCCUGUCUCCUCUCUUACUAGCACCGCUUUCUCAUUGUCUCGGCUGGGCAAACGCAAGAGAGGCAACUCUCUGUCCUUCCCUUCCACCGGUUCGCGCUCAUCCUCCUCUUCCUCUUCUGCGAAGAAGAGCAGGAGAGAGAGGGAGCAGGAGAACGAGAGGAAGGUGCAGGAGCUGACGGACCAGAACGAGAGGUUAAAAGCGGAGAUAGACAGACUGGGAGAGGAGGUGCAGAGGACACGCAGAGCCCUGAUAGAGAGACUAGUUAACACCAAGAAGUGAAGGAAGAAAAGCAAGGAGAAGAGCGGGAUGAGAGGUAGCAGGUUGACAGAAGUAACACAAGGCAUAAACAUUUGGAAUAGCAGGUUCGCGGUGAAGGGUGAACAUUGGGGUGACCAUGAAAUGCAUUUCUAGAUGAUGGUUAGAAAGAAACCAAAAGAUACGUACGUGUUUCGAGAAGAAACUUAAAUUAUAAGUUUCUUCAAAACUGUAUGAGAGAGAGAGAAAGAAGGAAAGUUAGAAAGAAAGAUGAAAGAGCAAGUCAAAGGAAAACCAUGGAGAGAAGGAACUGCAGCAUUGCGGCAAAUGUAGAGAGAGAGAUAGACAGCAUGUAAAGGAAAUGGAGGAAACGGUUUAAAUGGCAGGUGGAUCAUGCAAUGCCUCUGUUGAGACGUUAGUGUACUGUAUUUAUGUAGGGCUGGAUUUUAGGAAGCACAUUUGAACUAGAUGGGUAGCAAUUAGUGCCCAUCACAAGCAUUGUACGAUUGUGUAGCUCAUUCAGUCUACUGAAGCGCUCAGUUUGAAGUACUGUACGGAUUAGUUAGAGUCAAUGAAUUGAUUGAGGGCAUCGAUUCCAAAAUUAAGAAAUUGAUCGGAAGCAUCAACAGUUAACACCCAUCGCAAGCAUUGCAUGGGACUUGUUCAUUAGGAAUCAAAUGGAAAGAGAAGGUGGGUCUACCUGGACUCAUCCAAUAAGAAACGCUGAUAGAGGUUUUCUGUUGCAAAACGCUUUAAAACGUUUUUGCCAUGAUGAGCUCGAUCCUGAUUACGGCGUUUUUCGCUUAUCCAACCUAGUGAAGUGUUCAGUAUGAAGUAGGGGAUGAUGAGUUAGAUUCAAUUGAGUGAUUGAGGGAACCAGCGUCGUUUCCAAAAUGAAGGAAUUGGUUGGAAGCUUCUAUCUAUGAAAGUUGUUAACCAACACCCAUCAGAAGCAUUCCAUGGGUCGUGUUCAUUAGGCACCAAACGGAAGACCAACUUGGGCUUGUUCAUCAACAAACACACAAUUACAUUUUCUGUUACAUGCCAUAAUGAAUGAGACUGAUUGGGCAUGGUUUAGAUCAUUCAGCCUAGUGAAGGGAUUUGUAUGAACUAGGGAUGAGUUUUAUUAUUGGAUUAAUUGAUCAAGGGUGUUGGCAUUGACUCCAACAUUAUGGAAUUGACUAAUCACAUAAAGGUGAUAUUUACCAUUGCUAGGAGUUUUAUUGACUAAUCUGCCUUCGCAACCAUCAAUGAAUUGAUUCUAAAAAACAUAGUUGGGCUCAUCCCUAGUAUGACAGUAGAGUAUGGAACGGAAACGCGGAGAGUGCAUUUCAUUGUCACCCUAUCCUUUAUCUAGCCUGGUUAAAUCAGACUGAAUGCUUUGCGUACCAUUGUUCCCCAAUGAAACAACAAUGAAACAUAGCUAAAUCAGUUUGGAUCCCAGGCUAUCCCUUAUCUGCCAACCUCUAAAAUCUAAGAUUAAUCCUACAGGCUGAACAGAGGCGAGCAGAGAUAAUAUUUCUUGCAUAGUUUAUGAGGAAAUAUGGAGCUCAGGAAAGUUUGUCAGUACUCAGUGCAGUGUGAGUAUGUGAGAAUGAUGAUUGGUAGUUUUUCAAUUUCUACUUUCGUAUAACCCGCUGCAGCUUUAGUGUGUAUGGAUAGUUCUACACCUAGGACCCAGUUAUUCUUCUUUCUACGCUGAUCUUUUUCUAUCAAAUUGACUGAAUUUGGAGGUAGUAAUAUUUACAAUGUAGAGCUACCCUGAUUCACCUAUAUAUUUGAUAUAACCAUGUAUUAUACCUAGUUAUACUGUAAUAUAUACACCCUUUACUGUACCCAUAUUAACUUGUCAUGUUAUUAUUAAAAAAUAUGUAUCGAUUGGUGGUUGAAUUAGAGGAAACUAACAUCCAUGUAUUUUAUUUCUGUUGUUACAUGAAACAUUAUAUUGUAUUUACUUUAUUAUAUGCUCACAUUUUCUAAUAAAUCCUUAAAACAA